UUGCAAUCUGUGAUGAAUCUAUCGCCCCAGCAUCACAAGCACCGCCUCCCGACCCCCGUUCCUGCUAUCCCGACGCACAAGAAGCUCCUGCCAGGCACCUCCAUGACCGCUGCCGCCUCUUCGUCGACGUCCGUGGCUACCAAGAAGAAGCUCAACCCAACGGCAACGCAUAGUUUUUCCAAGCACAUCACGAUCGACAUUUUGCGCCCGCAUUUCGACAAACCGUUGGCCGAAGUCGCGAAAUUGUUUGGGAUUUGCACAACCCUCAUGAAGAAGGUGUGUCGACGGGUCGGCAUCCCUCGAUGGCCCCACCGCCACAUUCGAUCGCUUCGCAAAAGCAUUCUGUCGAUGGAAACGGCCAGCAGUAUGUUCGAUGGGGUUGACCGUACGGCCUACGACAUUCAAAUUCGAAAGCAACAGAAGAGACUGGCGCUGUUGCUGUACAAUCCUAAUGCGAUUGAUAUGGAUGACGACGAUGACAUGGAAAACGAUGACGAGAAUACUUUGUCCGCACCCGAGACGACGUCAACCACCAGCGAUUCCAGACACACAUCCCCUGCUCGCAAAUUGUCUGUGCACGGUCUGCCCCAAAGCUGCCACAGUCUCUUCCCAUCCCCCGACUUGCCACCCCUCGACCUGAGCGAAGCUACGUUGGCUCGAACGUAUACACAUAGAGUUGCCGCUCCAUCUUUGCCACGGCUGCCGUCAAUCUCAACGUGGUAUGGAUAGAACGAUCAUCCUCUCAAUAGCGCUAGGAUACAAUGUUAUAGUGAAUAGUCGAACCAUUUUU